CUCCUAACGAGUCAAGCAUUCCACAACCCAAGAUGAAAUUACCCCUGAGGAGCUCGACACAAAGAACGCGCCAACUGCCGGUCUUGUCCUCAUCGUAGGCGAGUGCAUGCAACUACCAGUCGAGAUGUUCGUCGAGGAUCACCUUUCGAAGAGGCCUGUCGCACCAAGUGUUGCUGAGUUCAACAUAGAACGACACAAGUAUGUCGCAAGGAGGCCGACUGCAUUAGUCGUGUUCUGGCUCUCAGAUGCUGGGAGGGAUCAAAUCAGAUUUUUCACCCUCAAAGAUAAGAAGGACGGUCUUUGCAAGAUAUCGCCAUUAUCGAAUUUCCAGAAGAAUAUCAGCAAAUUUGUCUGGUACUCAGAAUUCUUCGUUCAUCCGACCACCAAUGCCAAGACGCAAGCCCCUUUGAUUAAAAAUACAAUCAAGCAAGCUGCACAAGCUGCAAAAGCUCGUGUCGAAACUCAUCAGCCACAACCAGUUCCACAUGCUUCUGUACUGGCACCAAAGGACCUCGACGAUCCACCAAUCAAACCCCAAGAUUCGUCACUAUCUUGGGUUCAGACGGCCAUAGCUGCAUAUAAGGAUACCAAGUCCUUCAGUGCACUGGAACAAAUUCAUUCCGCAGUCCAGUAUUCGAAAGGCUCGCCUAGGACAUGGACAACAAGAAAACCCCAAGGCCUCUACCCUAAAUGGCAUAAAGACUUAGGUAAGUUUAGUAUAACUUGUGAAUAACGAGUCUAAAGACCCACUAAGUUAUCCUCAACUUACCUAAGUUCUUUUGUCAUUUAGCAUAGAGAUCCUAAAACUUCUUGCCGCUGCCCCGAUGCAUGGUGUGAAGCAGUUAUCAAGGUUGACGAUUCAUUAUCAGCGGCCAUUGUCCACGCAUAUGAGAUGAUCGAGGGAAACAUGGGCAGUCCGUUCCCUAAGUUCAAUUCAGUAGCGCCAUUGAACACGGACACGACUCUCUAUCUUGCAUCGGCUAGGGUGUCUUACAACAAUUAUCUUGUGAAGACGCUUGAUAGCACGAUUGCCUGACUCCAUAUCGAUUGUCCGGCCAAUGAUCAGGAGAUGCCAGUCAGCUCAGCAACACUGAGUCGAUAGCUCGCAGAGACUUCAGACCUUUA